GCGUGCGAUCCCUCGCGAGCUAGAGCCUUCUCCAGCCCUGCCACACGCAGCCCUCCAGCCUCCACCAUGGUGCAGUGGACAGCCGAAGAGAAGCAGCUCAUCACCGGCCUCUGGGGCAAGGUCAACGUCGCCGACUGCGGCGCCGAGGCCCUGGCCAGGCUGCUGAUCGUCUACCCCUGGACCCAGAGGUUCUUCGCCUCCUUUGGGAACCUGUCGGGUGCCACCGCCAUCCUGGGCAACCCCAUGGUCCGCGCCCACGGCAAGAAGGUGCUCACCUCCUUCGGGGACGCCGUCAAGAACCUGGACAGCAUCAAGAACACCUUCGCCCAGCUGUCCGAGCUGCACUGCGACAAGCUGCACGUGGACCCCGAGAACUUCAGGCUCCUGGGUGACAUCCUGAUCAUCGUCCUGGCCGCCCACUUCGGCAAGGACUUCACCCCCGACUGCCAGGCCGCCUGGCAGAAGCUGGUGCGUGUGGUGGCCCACGCCCUGGCCCGCAAGUACCACUAGAGCAGCACAGGAAUGCCCUGGCAGUGCCGAGCCCCGCGCCCGCCGCCGCCCGGAGCCGCUUCCAACCGCUAAUAAAGCUCAUCCUGUGAAGCCUC